AUGGAGGAACAUUCUGAGACAGCGGACGAAGUUGAUUCGUCAGAUUUGUCCGACUUCGAAGACAUGGGCAAAUGGUCCAAGGAUCCGUCUACUAUGGAAGAACUUCAGGACAUGGAGGAGGUCAAGAACCUGAAGUGUCUAUGGCAAGGAUGCGGCAAAAAAUACACCUCCGUGGACAGUUUGGCACACCACUUGAAUGAUGCUCAUGUAGGCAACAAUCCUGGGCAGUAUGCAUGCCAGUGGUUGUUUUGUUCAAGAAAAGGGAUAUUGCAACCAAGUAGGUUUUCGUUGAUCACCCAUCUGAGAUCGCAUACUGGCGAGAAACCGUAUUGUUGUCCUCUUCCCAACUGUGUGAGAACCUUUACGAGAUCGGAUGCCAUUACAAAGCACUUGAAAAGCGUACAUGAUGUGGAUCUUGGAAAGGUUGAGGAUACUGAAGUGGAUCCUUGGUGGUUUGCUGGGAGUGACGGAAACGGUACUGAUUUUCGGAAAUUUGAACCCAGUAAGGACGGGUUGGACGUUGAUGUACUUUUGGAAGAUACAUCCAGGCUAAGGGGAGAGAAAUUGGCUUCCCAAAGAUUCUCUCUACUGCAAAAGGUGGUGCUCGAUGGCUCUAUAGCAGUUGACGACCCGGCUCUCUACGAAAGAGUUUUCAACAUUCAAGGCAAUGAUGCCAACACACAACUGAAAGGAAGCCUGAUUUAUCAGGCAAUGGAAUCUACUAAGCAAAUCCUGCCAGGGAACGUUUCCGUUGAUGACAUAGACGUUGAUGAGGUUCAAGACCUGGAAGCCCUGGCUGAAAACCUGGAGGAGUACUACCAAAAACUGCUGAAAUUCAAAGAGCUGGCAUCUGAGGAAUUGCAGAACAACAUCAAAGAUAGAAGAAAGCUCUGGGUGAAGAAAGAAUUGGUAUUGGACGCGAUUUUGCAGAACGAGAUUCGGGGUGCGGAUAAAUUCAUGUGA